AAGAGGGGAGAAUGGGGAGUCUCCUUUCAGAGACGCCGAAGCGGCGAGAAACCAGCAGCAGCACCGCCAAAGUCUAAGCUUUUCGGCCGCCUCCAGCAGCUCCAGACAGGUGAGGCGGGGAGCGGGCGGGCGGCCGGUCGCCAGGGAGCUGAGACCCAGGCGGUUUCCUUCGCGCCCUGCGGGGAGUAGGCGUAGUUUGCAUUCCGCCCUCCGCCGGACUUCGACCUGGAGCGCAUAGUCGUCUUAAAGAGAAAUGGACGGUCAGACCUGCUCGGCCUCGAGCGACGUGGCUCUUUCCAGGCGGAAAGCCAAGUCAAAAGCUCCUCUUCCUCCACCUGAAAGUAAAGUUACUGAUUGCUCAUCUUUUGAUGAUCUAGAACUAGCUAACUGCACUAUGGACCAAAAAGAAAAUGUGAUUGACAGAGACAUUCAGCUGUCUGUGCUUCUUCCCGGAGAGGUGAUCAAGACUACUAAU